AUGCCUGCUGAGCGCUCACGAUAUUCUCGUCGCAGUCAAGCCGAUGGGAAUGCCAUCGUAUGGACUCUUCCAGUCCAGCCGGUCGAUGAAUCAGGUAUCGGAUUUGCUCCCAACUUGACAGAGCAAAACUUUGCGGACAGCCCUCCUCCCCUCGUCGACAUUCCACCAACACCCGUUUCGCCAUGCAACACGUUUAUCUUCUCCGAUGAGACCACUUUCAGCGACACUCGGCAAGAAACUCGUCGAGUUCAUGCGCGAAAGAAAUCGGCGAAUCACAUUCCGCGUCCGCCAAAUGCGUUCAUCCUCUUCCGCUCGUCAUUCAUCAAGUCGCAACAAGUUUCCGAGACUGUGGAAACGAACCAUUCCACCCUUUCAAAGAUUAUUGGCUUGACAUGGAAGAACCUAACGGAGGACGAGCGCAAAGUAUGGCGUCAAGCUGCUGCAGAGGCCGUCGCAGAACACAAGCGUAACUUUCCCACAUAUGCUUUCAGACCCAAGCAUUCGCGUGGCAAGAAGGGAGACACCGACCGACCACCACCAAAGCCCAAGCGCAAGGUGCGCGAAGGCACCUACCAGGACCCUAUUCGCUGCGAGAAAAUUGCUGAGCUGCUCGCCAAGGGCACUAAUGGCGCUCAACUUGAUGCUGCCAUCCAAGAGUUCGACAAGAACCACGUGCCUCAAAUCGUGGCCAAAUUUCAGGCCCCGAUUACAGCUCGCGCCUAUCGACGGUCCUCCUCAGUCCCCGCGCCAAAUAACGACGAUUCACGGCCUUUCCUUGCUCCUUCUCCCAAGUCUGAAGGCAGUCCUGGACGACGUCGUUCAUCCAGUGUUGGUGCAGUAGCCUUACCACCUCAUCAACACCAUGUUCGGCCAAGAAAUCCCUCCUUAUUCAUAGACACAAGCUUCAAUAAUCACCAGCUGUACGAACCACUCAAUUUCAAGCAAGAAGUCAUAGAUGAAGGAUUUGACUUUAGCUCAUUUUCCUUCUCCAAUGUCACUUCUCCUGCGCCGUCUGUUGGCUAUGAUCCCUUAUCGAUGCCGAUGUCUCCCUGUACUCCUUUGGAGUCUUCAGUGUUUGAGGCAUCUUCGCCCACGGAAUUUACCCCCAUUGAUUCUAUUGACGUCUCUGCACUCAUUGCCGACGAGUGGCUGUUACACGGACAAUCUGGCCACCCUUUUGGCAGCUACCCAGCUGUAGCCCCCGAUUUCUCCAUGCCUGCCUACUCCUAUGCUCCUCCGCCAUAUUCGAUGGCCCCGACCACCGACUCUGGUUUUUGUUCUAGUUUCAAAAACCUUGCAUUCGGGGAGCAGGCCUCAUUCUGUGCAGCACCUGACCCAAUGGUCGGUCUUGCACAGCUGGAAGCAGACCUUGCGUCGUUUGUGACGCAAUACUCACUGUAA